UUUCGAUCAUCGGAGUGCCAUCUCGUUCUCAGCUGGAAUCACCACUUCCCAGUCGCUUUCUGCAGCUCACCGAUACUGCAAUGUUGGUUCUAGCUACGAUUAUUACCGUCUUUCUCAAGUGUUUCGCGUACAGCGCACCAUCCAAUAAUUUUGAAGUAACACGGGGCUGCUUGCAGUAUAAUACCGACCAUGGUUACAAGCACGCACAUCCAUAUUAUCCCAUCAGCCGAUUUCAACACUUGAACGUAACCAAUGAUGACGUCAAAAUAUUCCGAAUGGGCGUCCUGGGUCCCAACGAUGGCCAUUUGCGGUUGGCCCCAACCAUGUACCCUUACGACAAAACCGAAAUGAAUGAAAUCGUUCUAUCCGGAUGGGCAAACACAAAAACCGUAGUUCGUCAUUACACUCGGAACUCUCCCCAGGAACAAGUUUCUGAAAUAGUGCUACGGGAACAAUCGAGCAUUGGUAUGCUGUCAUACUUCAAGCCGUUUAUGUUUACCGUGGCGAUUCACCCGGGCGGUCAGGUGGAGCUCACGAGGGACGAAGAUUCCAAACCAUUUCUGCAGUACCGAGAUCCGAAGGUGUCUGCAGACUACCUAGGAUUCUGUAAUUGGGAUCGUCCGUUGGUGUUCUUUUACGAUUGCCCCCUGGAGGUGGAUCAAAGGGCUUGCGAUGGGAUUGUAUUUAGCAAAUAGUUAGUAAGUCAAUGAGAUUAGUAAUUCAUCAUUUUUAUCUACGUGAUCGGGCCAGAAACAAAUAUUUAUUGUUUCCCAUUAUUUUUUUAAGGCAGUUAUGUUUAACAAGCAUAUUGUUUCAUGUAUUAAUGAUCUUUAAUUUGAAACACAACGGUACAAUGUACCGGGUACAUACGUACUCAAUAUUGCAUCAGCUAAAUGGCUUUUUAUAACAAAAUGUAUGAUGUAGCAGAUCACUAUUUUGACAAAGUUUUAAAGUUAUUUCUAUUGGAAUUAUUUAUAACAAUUUGGAAAUAAAAAUAAAUUUACAAAUUUGGUGUAGAAAAAUAAGAUAAAAUAUAAUGGUAUUCAUCAUUAUGA